GGAUGUUGUUUUUGUAGAGAAAUUUGAGUUUCCCUCGCAGUCGCACAUUAAUUGUUGAAUCACCUGUUUAGCCAAAAGAGGGCGCUGUUGGUUGCGGAUGCACGGCGGAUAAAUUUAAGAACGGAGAGGUUCGUGGAUGGCAAAACUUGAAGAUAAACGCUGCAAAUUGUACGGAUAUUGUAGACUUUGGUUAGGAUUAAACUAAGCUGUAGUCAUCAGAGAAUGGCGGAUACCACUCACAAUGAGGUGUUUGAUCGUCUGAGUCAGAGCUUCAAGGAGAGCAAUCUUGGCCAGACCUCGACCGUUGCCAGCCAGUCUUUACUGAGCACUACCCAGGGAGCGGUCAGUCAGCCAGCAGGAAAACCAGAUGAGAAGCUGCUCCAGUACAUCAGGUACAAGGAGUGGUUAGAUACAGUCAAACGGGACCAUGAAGCUGCACUGGAGGCAAGAAGGGUGGUCAGCUCAGCCAAAGACCAAGACCAACUCAAUGAAAGGAUUCUGAAGCUCCAACAGGAACUUUUAAAGGAGUCAACAAGCCACUCGCUGAAGGAGCUAGCACUGAGAAGACUGCAACUCAGCGAUACCUUCCUGCAAAUCCUCUUCCCUGCUUCCACCAGUCAGUCAGCCGUUGAGCAGAGGGACAAAUUCCGUGACUUGACCUCCAGACAAAGCCAGCUGGUUACAGAGGUCAUAGGUCACCAGAAGGUCUGCCAGAGAACGCAAGAUGAGUUGGACAGUGUCCGGAAGGAGUGCGUGGAAAUCAAGAAGAGGAACAGAGAAGUCAUGGGGGAGCUUUUGAAGAAGAAUGAGGAAAGGAAACAACAAGCGAGUAGCUACGACAACGAAAAACACCGGCAAGUGCAAGGUGAGAUCAAGAGAAUCUUAUCUCACAUCCAGAUUGGUCGCAACAUCCUUCAAGGGUUAGUCGUUGGUAGCGGGGUGAACUGGGCCGAAGACGAGCAUUUCAAGGAAUUGAUGCUCGAUCUUGGAAGACCUGUGCAACUUGAGCCAACAGACGGCAGUACUUAGGUUAAUUCUACUGAUUUAACUUUGAAUAUUGACUACUUGAACUCGUGAUCAGAGGGCCAGGGAUUCGAAUCCAGCUGCUGGCCAUAUGUUGUGUCCUUGGGCAAGCCGCUUCACCCCAACUUGCCUCUCUCCACCAAGGAGUUUAAAUUGGUACCGGCAUUAGCUGGGGAGUAACCUGCGAUGGACCAUCAUCCCAUCCAGGAGGAAUAGAAAUAUUCUUAGUCGUUUCAUGCCAAGGAAACUGGAAACAAACGCCGGCCAGAUUGACUAUACUGGCUCAUGACAGUUUUAAUAUGUAGUACAACUAGCCUCCCUCGGUGAUCCAUGGAGCAUUCCUUUUCCCUCAGUUUUGUCUUGAGGAAAACACAACGCUCCACGGAUCACCUCAGGCGGCUAGUUUUGCCACACCGCUCGAAGCAGUCAAUGCAUGCCCAAGACAGCGGAGAUUGCUUUUGCCCUCACGGUCCAAGGAAUGGGACAGAGUGUGUGUAAGUUUUCGUUGCAGUCGUAGUCACGGGCAAUAUUUUGAUAUAUAUUGUUGAAAAACACUUUUCCGACAGUUAUCUUCCUGGGUCCGCCCUAGUUAUGUAGAGAGACCUUUUUUUCGCAAGAGGGGCACUUUUGCUUUUGAUGGGCAGUUCAGUGACCAUUUUAUUCGCGUGAAGAACACUAUAUUUUUUUAGGGGCCCAGUUUUCCAUCUUGAGAGGGGGCACAUUUUAAUGUUGCAAACGCUUUCGAGGGCCAGUUUUCCAUGUCGAGAAGUUAUCGCGAGAGGAGCACCAUUGUUUUUAUUGGCCAGUUGUCCAUCUCGAGAGGGGCACAAUUUUAUUAUUGCGAGAGGGGUACUUGUGCUUUUGAGGGAUAGUUUUCCAUCUCGAGAAGGUUCAAAAUCUUGUUAAUGCGCAAGGGGUACAUGUGUUUUUGAGGGGCAGUUUUCCAUUACAAGGGAGAAGACAAUUUCAUUUGUAGCGCGAUCAUAAUGCUUUCAUGUGUGUGUUACAGGGGCAGUUUUCUUUUCAUCUCAAGGGGGCACAUUAAUGACCGCGAGAGGGGCAAGUUCCCCCCGGUUCCGCCGCCCUGUCCCUUUAAUAGCAAGCAGAAGGAGUUUAAAGAUGCCAAAGUGAGACUUGGUUUUUUUUCUAUUAAAAAUCCCUUCUGUUUUUCAAAGUCAGGAAUUUAAAAUACAAUUUGAAAGACAAACGGUAGAGGUGAAAUCAAGUCAUCUUUUUUAUUUACAUGUACAUGUAUAAUUCUCUUUUGUAAAAGUGUACAUAUUUUUCUAAAUUAUAUUAAACUCUUAAAAAACCUUUUUUUAAAACCUGUGAAGAAGCAGAACAGAUUUCUUUCAUAUUUCUGAAUGGAAUAACCGAUAUUUCAAAGAGAACAGUUAUGCAAGAGAUCAACGUUAAUUGUAAAUAUGUUGUAUACAAGUAAUAGUUGCAGUGACCAAUAAAUAUUCUGAGUCUCACAAAA